GUAGAGACAGGGUUUCACCAUGUGAGCCAGGAUGGUCUCCAUCUCCUGACCUCGUGAUCGCCUGCCUCGGCCCCGGAAAGUACUGGAAUUACAGGCGUGAGCCACCGCGCCAAGCCUGGGAACGGAGUCUUGAUUCUUCUCUGCCCCUGAUUCUUCUAAACUGGGAACUCUGAAGCUGAGAGUCCAGCAUGGUUCCUGGCAAACAGUAGGCACUCAAAUAUUGAUUGGUUUACUGUAUGACUAAUAGAGACCCCAACAAGCAAAACUAAUAAAAUUCUCCUGGCUCGUCUCCCAGACUUCCCCUCCCUUUGAGAAAUGCCAGAAGCUUCUUCGGGAGGCUCUUGCCAGCCUAGACAUCACAGGCACACAUGGGGCAGCUCCAGCCUCUGCCUCCUGUCAUCACCAUAAUGCAUCCAUAUCUACAAUAUGGCAAAUUUCAUAUCCUUCCAACCUCUUUCCUGCAUUAUUGAUGGGCUGUGUGCACUUUUUAAAAAAUCAAUUAGAUCAGGGCGUGGAGCUGGAGUUAAAAGAAGCCUUUAAAAGUCUGCUCUUCUUGUUUUGCUGUUUUGAAUAGGCACGGAUAAAGCUUUCCCUCUGGUUUGAAUAAGUCAAGCUCAGUGCUAGGUUGGCUCUGAUUGGCCAGGACUAGGAAAACGCAGUUAAGAUGCAAACACAAGCAAAUAUAACCCAGUGUCUCUGCGGCCAUUACUAAGCUAAGGCAGCGGACCCGGAGCCUCCUGCUUUGGAGUGGUUCUUCAAUACUGCUGUUGCUGCUUACUCGCCAGGAAACAACUGGGAAAGCUGGUGAGCGAGAAGGCAAGGUAAGGUCUCUGAUUUAUGGGGGCAUGCCAGUUAAUCCUCCUGAAUGAGGAAUAAAUGAAAGGAACAGGAGCUUGAGAUUCCCUUGGCUUUGUCCUCUGAGAUGAGACUUAAAAUGAACCAAGAGUCUCGCCAGUUUUGCAAACUUCUUGUUGAGAAGUAGAAGCCCUUAGAGGCAGCUGAACAUAUAGGGCACAUUUUCAAAAGCUGGGAAAGACAGACCCCUUUCACCUAUCCUCAGAGAAAAAUGGUAUGGAGCAAGGCAGGAGGAGUUAAAACCAGCUUCCUGGCCCAGAGAAGUGGCUCAUACCUGUAAUCCCAACACUUUGGGAAGCCAGGGCAUGAGGAUUGUUUGAGCCCAGGAAUUUGUAACUUGUGACCAUCCUGGGCAACAUAGUGAGACCCUGUCUCUACAAAAAAUAAUAAAAUAGCCAGGCAUGGUGGUGCACACCUGUGGUCUCACCUUCUCAGGAGGCUGAGGCAGAAGGAUCACUUAAGCCCAGGAGGUGGAGGUUGCAGUGAGCUGUGAUCGUACCACUGCACUCCAGCCUGGGUGACAGAGCAAGACCCUGUCUCAAAAACAACAAAAGCAGCUUCCUCUGCUCAGGGUCCAUCCAUAAGGGCAUCUCUGAGAAUUAAAGGCCACUGGCUUUUAACCUCAAAACUGUGCCCCCCACCCAAGGGGUUUCUGUAGUCCCCUCAAAGAACACUGAAUUAGGAUUUAGGGAGGAGAAAAGGAGAGACGCAGCUUUGGGAGACUUUGAUGUUAGAACUGUGUUUUCUGUGUGUUCCAGUGUGGCAGGAAGUCCCUUCCUGGAGUUUAUCCUCUCGCAUUCCGGGUGCCCAGCCCAGUGAGCUCCUUGAUUCCUAAAUUCCUGCUGGGAAACGGGACAGGUUUCAGCCUCUGAGGCUCACAGUCCUAACUGCUGCCGGCUGGUUUGGCUUUUACCAGGGUGACAGUUCUGUCUCCAAGGAAUAAAUUCACUGGCCUUUGUCCCCUUCCCCCAAUUGGCUCAUGGCUUUUGCCUUUAAUGACUGCUACAUAGGGUCUGAAGAAAACCCAAACACCAUAUUUCCUGGCAAUUCUGAGAAGCACAGGGUGGGGCAGCACAAGUUAUCAAAUUAAAUUCUCAAACACUGGCUGCUCUGCACCAUUGCCUUGCUUUAGUCCUGUUAUAGCAGUAGACAAAGGGAGUUUGCUUUGUGCUUUAUGGUUUUUUGCCAAUGUCCAUACUAGAUGGCGCAUGUUCUCCAACUUGGCUUUGUCCAUCAAGGUUCAAGAAAACAAUGGUCAGACAUGUUCCUCUUAACAAGCACAGUAUGUCCCCAAAUAGCAAAAAUCCAUACAGUCCUUUCUGGGUGAAUUUUUAAAUCUUAUGUAAAUCCAUCAACCCCAUCCUUUUUCCUUUGCCUGUCAGGAGAAAUUCAUCUAGCUUUACAUUAAUUAUGCACGUUAUCAGAUUUCAAGCUCCUUGAGAGCAGGUAUUUUAAUUCUAUAAAGCCUCUACGUGACCUUGGACAUGGGUAGGUGCUUAAUUACUCAAGAUGCUCCUUGAAUACAGACGGUACACGACCCACACAGACUUAGAUCUUUACCACUUCCUCCCUCUCCCCACCCUGACUUGCCCAAUCCUGAAGGAACUGGAGACGUCUAAGUGUCUGAGGUUCACACUUCCACAGAGAAGCUUGGGUCUGUGUGGGAGGGAGAAAGGAAGCCAUCUGUCCACAGGCCAGACCAGGCCACACCCUGCUGGCACCCAGAACCCUUUGUCCCAGGCCCAGCCCUGUCAUUUUACUUUCCUUUGUAUCUGGAAAGCACAGGAAAUAUAGUAGUCAUAUGACAAAAGAAGGAAGGGUUGUUUGAGUUUUAGAAUAGUUUACUCAAAAAAAAAAAAAAAAACAUAAAAGCCAAAGAGAAGGUCAAAGUUGACUGUGGAGAAGGCCUUGCAAGCAGGGAACUUGGGAAGAAUUAGAGGGAAUGAGUGAGAGAAGGCAACUGAGUUUCGAAGUAUUUUUUCUGACUACCUUUUCUUUCCAAAUGCCACUGAACUUAGAUUGGUUUAGAAAGGGUUGUAGUACAUCAAAGUGGCUAGAAGCAUAGGUUUGGGGAUCAGAUAAGGAUUUCAUUCUAGAGUGUGAUCUUGUACAAGUUAUUCAGCCUUUCUAAACCUCAAAUUCACACAACGUAAGAUGAAGAAAAUCACCUUCUGAAAAUUAGAGAUAACAUACGCAAAGUGAAUCAAUACAGGGCUUAACAUAUUUAUCACCCCUUUGGUAAAUAAUCACGACAAUUACCAGAGUUGUUAAGGGCAGUGGCAGGUGAGAAGCAGAACUCAUGGGUGGUAAUCCCUGGGCCAGCCAGGCUGACCAUGUGCACCUGGACGGACAAGUCCUUGACCCCAUCAUUGUGAAAUGGUGCAGGGAUGCACCACGAGGGUGUGGCAAGAUGGCUGACAACAGACUGGGAAGCAACUCAGCAGAAAAACUGGAUUGAUGCCCAUUAUGGCGAGAGGCAUCACCUCCCUGUGUUCUGUGAUGUUUCAGUCUUGGAAAGACAAGCACCAUGUCUCUGACCAGUGCCUUCAGGGCUGUGGACAAUGACCCUGGGAUCAUCGUCUGGAGAAUAGAGAAAAUGGAGCUGGCGCUGGUGCCUGUGAGAGCCCAUGGCAACUUCUAUGAGGGGGACUGCUAUGUCAUCCUCUCGACCCGGAGAGUGGCCAGUCUGCUAUCCCAGGACAUCCACUUCUGGAUCGGGAAGAACUCCUCCCAGGAUGAGCAGAGCUGUGCAGCCAUCUACACCACACAGCUGGACGACUACCUGGGAGGCAGCCCUGUGCAGCACCGAGAGGUCCAGUACCAUGAGUCAGACACCUUCCGUGGCUACUUCAAGCAGGGCAUCAUCUACAAGAAGGGGGGUGUCGCCUCUGGGAUGAAGCACGUGGAGACCAACACCUACAACGUGAAGCGGCUGCUACAUGUGAAGGGGAAAAGAAACAUCAGGGCCACCGAGGUGGAAAUGAGCUGGGACAGUUUCAACCGAGGUGAUGUCUUCUUGCUGGACCUUGGGAAAGUCAUCAUCCAAUGGAAUGGCCCAGAGAGCAACAGUGGGGAGCGCCUGAAGGCUAUGCUUCUGGCAAAGGAUAUUCGAGACAGGGAGAGAGGAGGCCGUGCUGAAAUAGGAGUGAUCGAGGGAGACAAGGAGGCAGCCAGCUCAGAGCUGAUGAAGGUCCUUCAGGACACCCUUGGCCGACGCUCCAUUAUCAAGCCUGCAGUCCCUGAUGAGAUCAUAGAUCAGCAGCAGAAAUCAAAUAUCAUGUUGUAUCAUGUCUCAGAUUCACCUGGGCAGCUGGCAGUCACAGAGGUAGCAAAGAGGCCUCUGGUCCAGGACUUACUGAACCAUGAUGACUGCUACAUCCUGGACCAAAGUGGAACCAAAAUCUACGUGUGGAAAGGAAAAGGAGCCACAAAGGCUGAAAAACAGGCAGCCAUGUCUAAAGCGCUGGGCUUCAUCAAGAUGAAGGGCUACCCCAGCAGCACCAAUGUGGAGACUGUCAACGAUGGUGCUGAGUCGGCCAUGUUCAAGCAGCUGUUCCAGAAGUGGUCAGUAAAGGACCAGACCAUGGGCCUGGGGAAAACGUUCAGCAUUGGUAAAAUUGCUAAAGUUUUCCAGGAUAAAUUUGAUGUGACUCUGCUACACACCAAGCCAGAGGUAGCUGCCCAGGAAAGAAUGGUUGAUGAUGGCAGCGGAAAAGUUGAGGUCUGGAGAAUUGAGAACCUGGAGCUGGUCCCUGUGGAAUAUCAAUGGUAUGGCUUCUUUUAUGGGGGAGAUUGUUAUCUGGUCCUCUACACAUACGAGGUGAACGGGAAGCCACAUCACAUCUUAUACAUCUGGCAGGGCCGCCACGCCUCACAGGACGAGCUGGCAGCCUCAGCAUACCAGGCAGUGGAGGUGGAUCGGCAGUUUGACGGGGCCGCUGUGCAGGUUCGAGUCAGGAUGGGGACGGAGCCACGCCACUUCAUGGCCAUCUUCAAAGGGAAGCUAGUUAUCUUUGAGGGUGGGACUUCCAGGAAGGGAAAUGCUGAGCCCGACCCUCCGGUAAGACUCUUCCAAAUUCAUGGAAAUGACAAAUCUAACACCAAAGCAGUGGAGGUUCCAGCCUUUGCCUCCUCCCUAAACUCCAAUGAUGUCUUUCUGCUGCGAACUCAGGCAGAACACUACCUGUGGUAUGGCAAGGGGUCUAGUGGGGAUGAGCGGGCAAUGGCUAAGGAGCUGGCCAGCCUUCUCUGUGAUGGCAGCGAGAACACUGUGGCCGAGGGCCAGGAGUCCGCCGAGUUCUGGGACCUACUGGGAGGCAAAACUCCCUAUGCCAGUGAUAAAAGACUUCAGCAGGAAAUUCUAGAUGUCCAGUCCCGUCUCUUUGAAUGUUCCAAUAAGACUGGCCAAUUCAUUGUCACUGAGAUCACAGACUUCACCCAGGAUGACCUGAACCCCGGUGACGUGAUGCUCCUAGAUACCUGGGACCAGGUGUUCUUGUGGAUUGGAGCUGAGGCCAAUGCCACGGAGAAGAAGAGUGCCCUUGCCACAGCACAGCAGUACCUGCUCACUCACCCCAGCGGCCGAGAUCCCGACACACCAAUCCUGAUCAUUAAGCAGGGGUUUGAGCCUCCCAUCUUCACAGGCUGGUUCCUAGCCUGGGACCCUAACAUUUGGAGUGCAGGAAAAUCAUACGAACAAUUAAAAGAAGAGCUGGGAGAUGCUGCUGCUAUCAUGCAAAUCACUGCUGACAUGAAGAAUGCAACCCUCUCCGUGAAUUCUAUUGACAGUGAGUCAAAAUAUUACCCUAUAGCAGUUCUGUUGAAAAACCAGAAUCAGGAGCUACCUGAGGAUGUAAACCCUGCCAAAAAGGAGAAUUACCUCUCUGAACAGGACUUUGUGUCUGUGUUUGGCAUCACAAGAGGGCAAUUUGCAGCUCUGCCUGGCUGGAAACAGCUGCAAAUGAAGAAAGAAAAGGGGCUUUUCUAAAGCAAGAAGGCCUAUAUCUACUGCAAGGCCACAGAAGAGAGCAGAUAGUGCCAAUAUCAGGAAAUAAUUUAUCCACCAAUUUCUGCCUGACAUUCAGCUACUUAAUUUAGAUAUAAUAGAGUCUGAAAAUCACUGUUCUCCAUUUUUUCUCAUCCUUGCAUUCCUUCUUUGUUAUAUACCUAAAAUGUUAACCACAUAGUUUUUGGAUUUUGUGGCCCUCUAGCUAAAGCCUCAGCAAGAAAGCACUAAAACUGCAUAAAUCUGGAGAAAUCAAAAGAAAGAGAACCAAAAAACAAUGCUCAAAAUGUUUAAUAACUUUGUUUAGCAUUAUACCAGGACCUAACUUUGUUUUCAAUUUUAAGAUCAUUAUUUCUAAAAUCUAUUUAACCUGUAAAUCAUUUCAAAGCAUUUUUAACUUUUCAAAUAAAGAUACCUCUAAUGAACAAA